UGCGCACGAGGCCGGUUCUCCGCUCCAAGCCUGAGCCCCUCACAUUCCCCUCGACAUGGCGCUGAGCCGGCGGCUGCGACUUCGGCUGUGCGCGCGGCUGCCUGACUUCUUCCUGCUGCUGCUCUUCAGGGGCUGCAUGAUAGAGGCAGUGAAUCUCAAAUCCAGCAACCGAAACCCAGUGGUACAUGAAUUUGAAAGUGUGGAAUUGUCUUGCAUCAUCACGGACUCACAGACAAGUGACCCUAGGAUUGAAUGGAAGAAAAUCCAAGAUGGUCAAACCACAUAUGUGUAUUUUGACAACAAGAUUCAAGGAGACCUGGCAGGUCGCACAGAUGUGUUUGGAAAAACUUCCCUGAGGAUCUGGAAUGUGACACGGUCGGAUUCAGCCAUCUAUCGCUGUGAGGUCGUUGCUCUAAGUGACCGAAAAGAAGUUGAUGAGAUUACCAUUGAGUUAAUUGUGCAAGUGAAGCCAGUGACCCCUGUCUGCAGAAUUCCAGCCGCUGUACCUGUAGGCAAGACAGCAACACUGCAGUGCCAAGAGAGCGAGGGCUAUCCCCGGCCUCACUACAGCUGGUACCGCAAUGAUGUGCCACUGCCUACAGAUUCCAGAGCCAAUCCCAGGUUCCAGAAUUCCUCUUUCCAUGUGAACUCGGAGACAGGCACUCUGGUUUUCAAUGCUGUCCACAAGGACGACUCUGGGCAGUACUACUGCAUUGCUUCCAAUGACGCAGGUGCAGCCAGGUGUGAGGGGCAGGACAUGGAAGUCUAUGAUUUGAACAUUGCUGGGAUUAUUGGGGGAGUCCUUGUUGUCCUUAUUGUUCUUGCUGUGAUUACGAUGGGCAUCUGCUGUGCGUACAGACGAGGCUGCUUCAUCAGCAGUAAACAAGAUGGAGAAAGUUAUAAGAGCCCAGGGAAGCAUGACGGUGUUAACUAUAUCCGGACGAGUGAGGAGGGUGACUUCAGACACAAAUCGUCCUUUGUUAUCUGACACCUGUCGGCUGGGAGAGCACAUGCAAGUACCUCUGUUGGAAGCUGGUCACGGGGCUGCUGUGAGCCCAGAGCUCCCGACCUAGCCAAACGGGCAGAAGCUUUUUGUUUUGGCCAAAGUUGAUGACUCCUUCCUUCCUUCCUUCCUCUUUAACAAGCCACAAGAAUAAAAGAAAGCCUCCUGAAGAUGGACGUAGACAUAGACUGUUGCUAGCCUGAUCUCAUUAUGGGGAUUAGGGUGAUCUUCAAGGCCUUUCUGGUCUCAGUUCUCCCAUGCAGGGCAAUUUGGACUGUUUUUGCCCCAGGCUGUUUAGCUGCCAGGACAACACUGGCAGAGAGAGGCUGAGGCGCUGGGCUGCAGCAGCAGCAGGCAACAGCCUGAUGCCUGUGACAGUGCCCCAGGAAGGUUUUCAGGCAGUGCCUUGCUCCCUGGACCCUGACCCACCGUGUUGCCUCUGUUGAUUGGCCAGUACUGUCAUUUCCAUCCUGGAGAAUCUGUUUGGAAUCAGCAUUUCAUAAAAAACCCAAAUCAGAAAGGUGAAAUUGCUUGCUGGGAAGAGGGCUCUGACCCAGGGAACUCCUUCCCAAGAGAUGCCAGGAGAUAGGAGAACCUCUGUCUAUCUUAAGCUAAGUCUGAAAUGGUACUGAAGUCUCCUUUUCUAUUGGUCUUGCUUAUUUUAUAAAAAUUUAACAUUCUAAAUUUUGCUAGAGAUGUAUUUUGAUUACUGAAAAUUUCUAUAUAAACUGUAAAUAUAUUGCCAUACAGUGUUUCAAAACUUAUUUUUUUAUAAUGAGUUCAACUUAAGGUAGAAGGCUUGGGCUGCUAGUGUUUAAUUGGAAAAUACCAGUAAUAAAGUCUUUUAAGGAGUUUUCUUAAGGAGGCUGGCUGAAUAUUCCUUUGUUCAAAAGAAGUUUUAGCAUUUUUCAUAAGAAAACUUACUCUGUCUGACCACUGUUGCUUAGGAAACCAUUAAAGAAUUCCAAUCUA